AGGCUCUGAGCCUGCUUCUGUGCUGCGGGAGUGUCUCUCUCUCCCUCCCUCCCCUCUCCCUGCUUCUGUGUGAGUGUGUGUUUGGCUGCCGGGCUGUGUGUGCGUGUACACUGUGUAUAUAUAUCUGAGCUGGGAGGUUAUUGCAAGCUUCUCUCAGCAGCGCUCCUCUGUACAGGAAGACGGGCUCAGCUGCAGUGGUAGCAUCAACAGCAGCAUUAGCGGCACCAACUGCUUCAUUCGCCUUUCUUCCUUCCCUUCAUCUCCAUCUCCCUUUCCCCUCCCUCCUCCCACGUCUUUUAGGGGAUUGAUCUUCAUUUUUUUUAAAUUAUUAUUUAUUUUUCUACUCUACAAUCCUUGUUAUUUGAUACUUCGUGGCUUUUUUUUUUUUCUUCUUUUUUUUCUUUCCCCCUUUCUCUGAGAAGAAGGCACAGAAACAAACACGCACAAACACAGAGAAAUAAGGGAAAGAAAAGUACCGGGACUUACCCUGCUGCUGCAAACCCAAAGAUAGCAGACGAAGAGGGGGUUUGGCUUCUACCCCAAGGUAAAGCCCUGCCCCCUUUACCUCCUCGACACCUCCUCCGAGGAAGAGAAGGAGAGAGAGAGAAGGGGGCCAAAGUGGAGAAAAGCAGGUCUUCUGCGGCUGGCAUUUGGAGUACAGGGAGCCAGGAAGUGAAGGAUGGUUGUGGUUACCCGAGCUGGCUGCAGGGCAGCUCUCUUCCUCUGGAUUUUCAUCAGCAUUAGCUGCAGAGCCAGGACUGCUCUGCCUGCAUCUCAAAAGUGUGAUGAACCUCUGGUCUCAGCAUUACCACAUUCCUCCUUCAGCAGUUCAUCAUCCAUGACGAGCAGCUAUGUGCCAGGGUACGCCAAGUUAAACAAGCGAGGAGGUGCAGGAGGUUGGUCUCCAUCAGACAGUGAUCACUACCAAUGGCUGCAGGUGGAUUUUGGCAACAGGAAGCAGAUCAGUGCUAUUGCAACCCAGGGCAGGUACAGCAGCUCUGACUGGGUCACUCAAUAUCGGAUGCUCUACAGCGAUACAGGGAGAAACUGGAAACCAUAUCACCAGGAUGGAAACAUCUGGGCAUUUCCUGGAAAUGCAAACUCUGACAGCGUGGUCCGGCAUGAUUUACAACAUCCAGUUAUUGCUCGCUAUGUGAGGAUAGUUCCUUUGGACUGGAAUGGAGAGGGCCAAAUUGGGUUAAGAAUUGAAGUCUACGGUUGCUCCUACUGGGCUGAUGUUAUCAAUUUUGAUGGCCAUGUAGUGUUACCAUACAGAUUCAGGAACAAGAAAAUGAAAACACUGAAAGAUGUCAUCUCUCUGAAAUUUAAGACCUCUGAAAGCGAAGGUGUAAUCUUCCAUGGAGAAGGACAGCAGGGAGAUUAUAUCACCUUGGAACUGAAGAAAGCCAAACUUGUUCUAAAUUUAAAUUUAGGCAGCAACCAGCUUGGCUCUAUUUUUGGCCACACAUCUGUGACAACAGGCAGCCUCUUGGAUGAUCACCACUGGCACUCCAUCAUCAUAGAGCGCCACGGGAGGAACAUCAAUCUCACCCUCGACAGACACAUGCAGCACUUCAGAACAAAUGGAGAAUUUGAUUAUCUGGACCUGGACUAUGAGAUAACCUUUGGAGGCAUGCCUUUUUCUGGCAAGCCAAGUUCUAACAGUAGGAAAAAUUUCAAAGGCUGCAUGGAGAGCAUCAACUACAAUGGCAAUAAUAUCACUGACCUUGCCAGGAGGAAGAAAUUGGAACCUUCAAAUGUGGGAAAUUUAAGUUUCUCUUGUGUGGAGCCACACACAGUGCCUGUCUUUUUCAAUGCCACCAGUUACCUUGAGGUUCCUGGUCGUCCAAGCCAAGAUGUGUUUUCAGUCAGUUUCCUCUUCCGGACCUGGAACCCAAAUGGACUUCUGCUCUUCAGCCACUUCUCAGAUGACCUGGGCAAUGUUGAGAUUGACAUAAAUGAGGGCAAAGUCAGUGUCCAUAUCAACGUCUCCCAAGUGAAGAAGAACCGGAUAGACAUCUCAUCGGGCUCUGGUCUCAAUGAUGGGCAGUGGCAUGAAGUUCGGUUCCUGGCUAAGGAAAACUUUGCUGUCCUCACCAUUGAUGGCGAUGAAGCUUCAGCUGUUCGAACCAACAGCCCUCUACAAGUCAAGACGGGAGAAAAAUAUUUCUUUGGAGGGUUUCCUCUACAGAUGAAUGAUUCAGAUCACUCCCUGUUUGAGCAUUCUUUCCAAGGAUGCAUGCAGAGCAUUCAUGUGGAUGAUCAGCUGGUGGAUUUGCAUGCAGUGGAGCAAGGAGAGCUGGGGAGCUUUGCCAAUGUCACCAUUGACAUGUGUGCCAUUAUUGACAGGUGUGUGCCCAAUCACUGUGAACACGACGGUAAAUGCACCCAGACGUGGGACAGCUUCAAGUGCACUUGCGACGGAACUAGUUACAGUGGUGCCACGUGUCAUAACUCUAUUUAUGAACUCUCUUGUGAAGCAUACAAACACUUGGGCAAAACUUCAAAUUACUACUGGAUAGAUCCAGAUGGCAGUGGGGCACUGGGACCUUUGAAAGUUUACUGCAACAUGACAGAGGAUAAAGUGUGGACAACUGUGUACCAUGAUCUGCAAAUGCAGACUUCUGUGGGAGGCAGCAGCCCGGAGAAGCUGUCUGUGCUGCAGCUGAACUACAGUGCAUCAAUGGACCAGAUUUCUGCCAUUACCAGUAGUGCUGAAUACUGUGAGCAGUUUAUCUCCUAUUCUUGCAGAAUGUCCCGGCUGCUGAAUACACCAGAAGGGAAUCCAUAUACCUGGUGGGUUGGAAAAGCCAAUGAGAAGCACUACUAUUGGGGCGGAUCAGGACCUGGCAUUCAAAAAUGUGCCUGUGGCAUCGAACGCAACUGUACUGAUCCCAAGUACUACUGCAACUGUGAUGCUGAUUAUAAGCAAUGGAGGAAAGACAGUGGGAUGUUGUCCUACAAAGAGCACCUACCAGUCAGCCAGGUGGUGGUUGGAGACCUGGACCGGCCUGGGUCUGAAGCCAAGGUGUCCGUGGGUCCCGUGCGCUGCCAAGGAGAUCGGAAUUAUUGGAACGCAGCUUCUUUCGUUACUUCAUCAUCUUACCUCCACUUCUCCACCUUCCAAGGGGAAACCAGUGCAGACAUCUCUUUCUACUUCAAAACAUCAGCCUCAGAUGGGGUGUUUCUUGAGAAUCUGGGGAACACUGACUUCAUCAAACUGGAGCUGAAAUCUGCUACCGAGGUCUCCUUCUCGUUCGACGUGGGAAACGGGCCGGUGGAAAUCGUGGUGAGAUCUCCCAACCCGCUCAACGAUGACCAAUGGCACCGGGUCAAUGCCGAGAGGAACGUCAAGCAGGCCAGCCUGCAGGUGGACCAGCUUCCCCUGGAGGUCCGGAAAGCUCCGACAGAGGGACACACGCGGCUGGAAUUGUACAGCCAGCUCUAUGUUGGUGCUGCAGGAGGCCAGCGAGGCUUCCUGGGCUGCAUUCGCUCCCUGAGGAUGAACGGGGUGACGCUGGACCUGGAGGAGAGAGCCAAGGUCACACCCGGGGUGAAGCCUGGCUGCUCUGGCCACUGCACCAGCUACGGCAUGUACUGCGCCAACGGGGGCAAGUGCGUGGAGAAAUACAAUGGCUACUCCUGUGACUGCUCCACAACUGCCUACGACGGGCCAUUCUGCAUAAAAGAUGUGGGAGCGUUUUUUGAAGAAGGAAUGUGGCUUCGUUACAACUUCCACUCCCCAGGGACUAGUGUGAAGGAUUUAGUCAGCCGGACGCUUUUGAGUUCUGCAGAUCCUGAGAUCACAGGUCCUGACCUCAGCUUGAACAAAGAAGAGCUCAGCUUCAGCUUCAGCACCACCAAGUCCCCUUGUGUCUUAUUUUAUGUCAGCUCCUACACUCCGGACUUCAUGGCUGUGCUUGUGAACCCCACGGGGAAUCUGCAAAUUCGGUACAACCUCGGGGGCACCAAAGAGCCAUACAACAUUGACAUUGACCACAGGAACAUGGCCAAUGGCCAGCCCCACACCGUUAAUGUCACACGGAACGGGCGGGACAUCGUGCUGCAGCUUGAUCACUAUCCUCCAACGAGUUACAGCCUGCCAGCCACAUCUGACAUUCAGUUCAAUUCCCCAAAGGCACUAUUCCUAGGAAAAGUCAUAGAAAUUGGGAAGAUUGACCAAGAUAUAUAUAAAUACAACACCCCAGGAUUCACUGGCUGCCUAUCAAGAGUCCAAUUCAACCAGAUUGCUCCCCUCAAAGCAGCUCUGAGACCUACCAACGCCUCCUCCCACGUCCACGUCCAAGGAGAACUGGUGGAAUCCAACUGCGGAGCGUCUCCCCUCACCAUCCCACCAAUGUCGGCCGCCACUGACCCUUGGCACUUAGACUCAGCAAGUGCUGAUUUUCCGUACAAUGGUCAAGCUAUAGGAGAUGGAGUUAACAGAAACUCAGCUAUUAUUGGAGGCGUCAUCGCGGUGGUGAUCUUCACCAUCCUGUGCACGCUGGUGUUCCUGAUCCGCUACAUGUUCCGCCACAAGGGAACCUACCACACCAACGAGGCCAAAGGCGCAGAGUCUGCCGAGAGCGCCGACGCCGCCAUCAUGAACAACGACCCCAACUUCACGGAGACCAUCGACGAGAGCAAGAAGGAAUGGCUGAUCUAAGCCCACGGGGAUGGGGCCUGGGGUGGGAUGUGAGCUGGGCCAGGGUGGGGCUGGGGUGACUCUUGCAGUGGAGAGAGAACACUCUGUGUCGGACACUUGAGCACACAUAGGAUAAAAAGAUCAGCACAACUGGAGGAGCAAGUGACAGGAAAAUACCACUGAGACUGGAGAAAAAAAAAAAAAAAAAAGAAUAUCUCAAGAAUUUAAGAAAAAAUACUUUUUAAUAUUUAUUUACAGCAAAUUGCCCCUUCUGUAUCCCAACAACCACAACAAAGAGCAGUUUUGCAGCUUCAGCAUUGGUUACAAUUUUCAGUAAUACCUGUCUAUUUCUGUGUGUGUUUAGAGAUGUUCUGGAUACCUGUGACAAGAAACAGGGCUGGUUUUUUAUAUUUUUAAAAACUGUUUAAAAUGUGGGUGGCUCUGUCCUGAGAACAAGUGUCAGCCCUUUCUUCCUGACGUUGUGUUCCCUCCUGGCUGGCCACUUGCCCGCCCUCAGCCCCGCACCUUUGUGACCACGUCACCAUUUAUUUGGGUGACAUUGAUCCAGGGGGUGGGACAGGGGGUGAGGACUAAUGCAAAUCUCAUUCACCACUUUCUCAACAUCUCAUCAGCCCAUGUCAGCCCUGGCAGGACCCAUCUUCUUGACCCAGGCACUUCACUGGUUGUGUGCAAUUCUCAUCAGCAAUGUAAAAAUACUGUUAUUAUGACUACUAUUACUAAAGAGGAUUAUCAUAAAGCACAGGAGGCUUUAAAGGGUUUUUGUAUUAUUUUGUUGGUCUCUGAGGGAGGAUGAUGCUGUGUGAGUCUGUAGACCUAGUCUGUUCCUGUGUCCUUGUCUGUGGCACCAGGUCACCACCUGAGGCACGUGCCAAGUUAAACUCAGCUCUGCCUGUGGCAUAUUGGCAUAUUCUGUACAUUGUAGUAGGGAUAUAGAGCCAGACUUUGUUUCCUUCUGUUUAUUAUUAAUAGGCUGUCAUAGAAGUAUUAGUACAGCUUUACUCAGUGCAUUUGAACCCAUGGACUUCACACCCUUUUUUUUCCAACUUGAGAGUAGCAAUUUAUUCCUUAAAUCCCUUGUUUCAGUCCUUUUUGCAAGGAAAGCCUCCACUGGCAGUGUUUGCACCGUCAGGAAGGCGAGGCAAAGGAGGCUUUAAAACUCUGCCUCCAGAGCAUGUGAGGAACACACAGCACACAGGGGGGAGUUACUUUUCAAUACAGAGAUUUACCCCAACUAUUUUACUGUCUUUCUAGGGCGUUUUUAAAAAUAGCAAGGCCAAUGCCAAGUACAGCAUUGCAUCCCAUUUUUCCUCUCAAAUCAGGAGUGUCCUAGGUGUCACCUGAACAGCAGGCAGGCGGCUGGAAGGAAAGACAAAGGGGCAGCCUGAAGACUUAAUAUCCUUUUGUGGCAAUAAUUUAACAAAGCUUUAGCUUGCCCUCUGCAGAGAAGCAUGAUUCUCCUAUGCUCUGAAUUGAUAGGAAUUUAAGGCCUUAGUGGACAGGUCUUGCAGUGGAAUAGAAUGAAGUAAUGAAUAUACUGCAGGGCUUUGCCAUGUGCUGAAAGAACAGAAUCAAUACCAGGAAUUUCCCUUUAAAAGUAUUUAUUCUUCUGACAGUCCUAGAUUUGCUUUGUCUUUAAUAUUUCUGAGUUUAGUAUGCACAGAUUUAAUUCAUUUUACUGCAGAAGAAAGAUUUAUUUUUCACCCAAACAUGCAGUCUACUGCACUGAGCAGUGCUGGCAUUUUUGGUUUCAUUAUCUCUUUUGUUGCAACUUUCAUUAUUAAAAAUGGAAAAAAAAAAUCAUAUAGAGGAAAGAAAAUAUUGGAGUCUUACCAGACAAGACAUUGAUAAGCAGAAUUUGUCAGAAAGUCAGGCCAGAUAGUUUGGGUUUUAUGGAUGGUAGCCUAAAGUCCUGUUUUGGAGGAACAUUAUCAUUGAACAUAGAUAUCAAAGCAAAUCAAGCCCAUUAAUUUCUUCCAUUUAUGGAUUUGGAAUUAGCAUACAAAAAAGUUUCCAGUUUUAAAAGCAAUUAAUCUUUCUCAGGUAACAUACAUGGCAGAGAGGUUCAGGUAGGCAUAAAAAUUACCUCUGUUACUCUUGUGCUCUGCAGCCUUUUGCCUUGCCUCCAGCAUCAACCUCUGCCUCUCUUGUCUGUAAUCAAGCAGAUGAGUCCUGGGUUUAAUCAUGGGUGUAAAAUAAGUCUUCUCACCCUGGGGAAUAUCAGCAGGGGAUGGACAUACCCUGUACCACCACUCAGCAAACUACCUAGCAAUCACAGAUGUCUCUGUAGGAUUGAAAAAGCAUUAUCUUUUCUCUAUGAUUUUAUGUUUCAUUUUAUUUCAAUGGUAUUUUAGUCCACUCUGAAAAACACCCUUGCCUGCGACUUCAAGCUACCAAGAGAAGUGAACAGAGCAUCAUUUGCAUAGAUUGGCAUUUGAUUUGCAGAAAAAAACAUUUCUAAUCUGAAUUUAAUGUCUGUGAGGAAGAUCAGACUUCUGUAUCCUGAGGGACUAGAGUCUUCUGAUACUUUAUGUGGAAGAGACAGAUUUAACAGCCACAGUGCAAAUAGUGCUGAGGCCAAAUGCCUCAGCAUGGCAUUUAGAAUGGAAAGAUGGCUUGGUCUCCAUGUCCAACCAAGUUCUUGGCAAAGCAAGAGACAGUUGUCUCUGGUUAUGGUAGUGAGGCCUGUGAUAUCUUUUCACUGAUUUUCUAAAAAAAUUACCAGCUAAUCUCCCACAACCCUGGGAGAUUAGGCGAGAACUUUUGGGAAAUAACCUUUGAUCAUUGCAUAAGCAAUAGUUAUAAAUUACUCUCUUAGGUUUGAAAAACAGCUUAAAUUUAUGAAAUCAAGUCAGGGUCAUCUGCACCUCUCCAUUGACUGGACACCAUGGACCUUAUUCUGUGAAAUGCAUUAGUGUUGUGUUAAAAUGCAGUCACUUUCAUAACCUAGAAACCUUUAAAUAUUAGAAUUCUUGUUUCUCCUUAAAUUGGACCUUAGACAUGAUAUUAUCGACAAGCAGCUGUCUGUGUAGAGGGCUUUGGUGACUUUGGGUGAAUUCCUGCCUUUCUGCUUUGUGUUUCAUUUCUGAGAAUAGUGUAUGUUUAAUUAUGGGCGCUGGUCAUUCAGCAUCCUGGCCGUGAAGCAGGAGCAGACUCAGAGAUGUAGCCUGUGUAUUUUGCUAGCACUAUAUCUAUUCUGAGAAUUUCUUCCACUGCAAGCCUAUCAUUGAAGGCUGAAACAACACCCAUAGUUUAUUUCACCCACUCUUACUUGUGCCAAAAAUCCAUGUUGUUUAACAGGUAUUGAGGGAAAAUCUGUUUGAGGGGAGAGUGGAUCCUGCUUUUAUAAAACUCUGUACUUUCCCCAAAGAAUAUUAAAAUAAUCAGUCUUUUAUCACCUGUUUUGUAGCUGUUUCACCUAUUUGAACUGUGCAGAGAAAUGUAGCUUCUUGUACUGGUUUGGGAACCAGAGUGUCCCAGUUGUGUUUCUAAAGGGUCAUUCCUGACACCACAGACAACAACGGCAGAAAUGCCACCAGCAAUGGGGAGAGCAAGACUGGGCUGGAGAUCAGGGCUCUCAGUGUUAGUGAAAUAAUGUAAACAAUAUUUUGGAUUCUCAUUCACAAGACUUGCAGACCACCAGGUAAUGAGACAUGGAGCUCCAAGGAGCCAAAACAAUGGAAAACUUAUUUUGAUGUCAACCCAGCCUCAAGGAAAAUCCUCAGUCCAGUCUGGCGGUUUUGAAUCAGGUCUUUCACACACUGCUUAUUCCGUGUUUACUGAUAGAAAAUUCAGAUGUAUGAAAUAGGAAUAUGUAUCUUUAACUCGUACUGGAGCAUUUCUGCUUUGUACUUUUUGUCUUAAACUUUACCUGUACCUUUUAUAUCUCUUCUAGCAGUUACCACUUCAAAGCUACGGCAGCAUUUUAGGGUCAUGCUCUAGGCAGCAUGAUAUAUGUGAGAGGAUGGGCAUCACAAAUAUUUUAGUAAGAUAGCCAAAGCAGUGGUGUAUAUGUACAAGUUUAUUGUACUGGUAAGAAUUCAUUUUAAUUAAAACAAUGUCCCUUAAUGGCAGAUGCAUCUAAUUUCCAGGGUAUCUUUUGAAAUGCGAAGCUAAGUUCCACAAGCGAUAGCUUUCAAUAUGGUUUAUCCCAUUAAUGAUUUUACAUGCCAUCAAGCAUGGUAAGCCUGAAAGGGUGCCAUUCUUGAAAAGCAGAACCUAAAUUCUGGUAAUCAGAUGUCAUUAUCCAUCCCAGAGAAAUUAAACAGAAAUCUUGCCUUCUAACAGCAACAGCAUGCAAAUCGGAAUGAAUGAAGGGCAGUGUGUUUGUAUGCAUAAAUAUCCUCUGUGAAUGUCUUUCCUUUUAACUAAAGUUCUAUUAGAAACCAGAUUGGGAAAUAAAGAGGAGGGGGAAAAAGACAUUUGAAAUAGUUUUAAUCACCAUAACAGCUGUUUCCUCAUGCUUUCUAUAUUCUUAUCAUUGCCUGUAUUUUUAACAUCUCUAGUACCAGGAAAUCAUUUUGGAAAGGACAGAUGUCAGAAAGGCCUCUUUAAAAAAAGACCCUUUGUACAUGAAUAAAGGUACUUCAGAAUGCAGUUAUAGAUAAGAAGAGAGGGUGCUAAAACCAGGGAAGAUUUAUUGAAGUGCAAGUAUGUUCCUCUUGCAUCAGUGUUACCUGUUACAAAGUGUACAUCUGUACAUGUUGAGGUGGGUAGAGAGUCUGAGAGCCGGGUUUGGAUAGAAAUUUAAUGACUGCCUUUCUGCUUUUUCCCUUUUGAUCACUUUGCAGGUAGCAGCAAGCAGUUUGCUUUCAAACAAAUUUGUUAUUGUAAAUUCUGUGGCAUUGCCAGCCUAACAAGGGUUGCAUACUACAAAUGACUGAGUGUGGGUUGUUUGCCUUCCUUUUCUAUCAUAACUCUGUCUUUUCUUUCAUGAAUGAGAGCCUUUUAUUGAAACCAUCAAGAACAAUGUAUGCCCAGCUCAACAGACUUGUGUCUGUUCCUUUUAAUAAACUACUUUAUCAGGCUUUAAAAUAUUUUUAUGACGCGAAGCAUUUUAUAAAAGAACUGUGUUAAAUGCACUUGAAUAGGAGAGUGUGAAACCUAGGCAAAGCAUCAGUGCAACAACCACCUGAGUCAGAGGCACUGUUGCUCUGUCUAGAGCAUUCAUUGCCUUAACCACCCACCAGAUCCCUGGAUCCAUCCAAGACCUUAACUUCCUUUGUGGAAUAUAACAGUGGCAAAGUCCUGCUGGGCCACUGUGUUCAGAGGGAGGUCAGACCAGGUUCUGACCAUUCUUUUGUGCUGACUGUUGAAACCCCUAGAAGGAGAGGCACGUUUUAUGCAGGAGUAUUUCUCAUUUCUAUAGAAAAGCUCUAGGACCAAGAGAUGGGAGUGAAGGUUCAAGUUUAAAGCCUGACUGAUACUUGAACAUUGUGACACAAAGAGUCUUUGCUCCCUUCUGCUGCCACACAUCUCACUGCAGCCAUGUGGGUGUGCACCUGCACCUCCAAAACCCGAGGCUGUUCAGGAUAUGAUGUCUGCACCACUUGGGCAAUGCUGCCAUGAUGUGGGUGAAUAAGAUACCAAACUUGCUCCAAAUCCAUGAGUCUGCAGUGCUAGCAAAAUCACUUGCUCUUGAAAUUAAGUGUGAUUUUUAAGAUAAACUCAGGCUGUGCCCUACAGUAGCAGGCACAUAUGGUGCCUCAAAUGAGACAAGAUUUGGACCUGAUAAUGGAAAAGCAGUUAUUUAACAAUCUGUAACACAGUUCUUUUAACUCUGACUUUCACAUCUAAGCAGAUUUUUCUUGAGGCACUAUGCUCAAAACCCUUAUUAUGCCAACAGCGUAAGAAUCAGGAAGAAAAGGGGCCAAUUUGUGGCUUUUUUACACAAGAAGUCUUUUUUAAAAAGCCACUUACUUUAAAAAAUAUUUGGUAUCCACAGGUUCUUUCACAGAGAAGUAUUUCUUUUCACUAAUCUCCUAUUUUCAAAAUAGCAUGUGAGCAAAGUUGAACAAUAUUUAAGCACAACCAGAACCUCUUCAGGGGGUAAGACAUACUUGGGAAAUAUACGUAUAAGCAAAUAACAAAUUUAGUACAUCCUGCUUCUUCUGUGAUUCAGCAGCUUCCAAUAACGUCUGUUUGUGCUCCUGCUGCUGUUGUUCCCUUAAGGAAGACCAUCUGGAUUAAACAACAAACAUAAAAGUGUGUACCUUUAGUUUUGCCAUAGAUUAAUGUUCUCACUUGGUAUGUAAUAGUGUAUUAAGGAAGAGCAAAUUGUUAUUUCCUCAGAUUCCAUAGCUUUGAUUCUGCUGUCUCCAAAGGUCAGAGAUGCACUAUCACCAUAUCAAGUGUUAUAAUGCAGAGGUAUCUAUACUGAUAAUAUUCAACAACUAGCAUUCCGAAUUCUAGCACAGAGCUGCUCUAAGAAAUUCUCUUUUAUUGAGAAGGUGGGGAGAUUACAUUUUCGGACAGGUGAGAAAUGUAAAUAACUGGAAUUCACAGACACUAUAGGUGAGACCAUUUAAGGGAAUGUUUAGCAUGCAAAAAAAGAAAUUUUACUAGAAAGAGUUCCUUGCCCUCCAGUCAGCAGCUUGGAGUAGGUACAGUGCUGUGGCCAGUUGUAUAUUGCCAUGUGUUCAUUGCCUUUUUGGCCAAAAUAUCUGUGUUCCCUCUUGCACAUGCUUUGAAAUAGGCUGUUGCAAGUGUACAGCUGAAGAUGUCAAACUUAAACAAGCUGCUCUAGGCUGCUGGUGAGAGUAAAGGGUCACAAGACCCAAGCUCUUCUACCUGCUCUAGAAGACUGGUCUCAGAUGUGUUGCUGCCUGUUCCUGUCUUUUGUCACCUUUCCCCAUCUUAUUGAACAUCACAGAUUGAAAGGGACCACAAAACACCUUAUAGUCCAACAUUUUGUGGGAAAGGGAACCUAGAUGAGAUAAUCUAGCAUCCUGUCCAGUCAUAAUGAUUUUUUCCCCACUGACUCUAUUUCCAGGAUAGUAGGCUAACAGGCUCUUUAAGGCAGAUAGAGUCACUGGAGCAAGGCUGCAAACUCUUGAAUCAGCCAGAAAACAGUAAAUUUAGAUUAUUUAGGUCAGGUGGAAGCAGGCUUCAUUUGGGGCAUUCCCAGCCUAACACCUCUCCUUCAUUUCAUCAUGGCUUUGGUUAGCAAUGGAGCAGCUAGCCAAGUCUGUGUGGAAGUAUGGAAGAUAAACUUGGCUGAAUAAAGACAAGGUAGCCAUCCCCUGUAUGCUAAUGUUUGCUCUCUGAAGUGCACAUUCUCGUGCUUACAGUGUGUGUGUCACUGAAGGAGUCUGACCUUGCCACCUUGGGCAAUAAAUCCUUCACAAGCUGAACAAAUAGCCCUGCUUUGUCUUGAAAAACUCCUUUGGGCAAAUGUUUAGAAAUAGAUCUAUGGUUUGCCAUCAUAAAACACUGGACACAGUAUCAGCAGCUAGCUGUAAGUUAUUUCUGUUGCAAAAUCAAGGUCUGUCUGCAGAGUUUUUGUCUUGCACUGAGACCUUUAUCCCUGGAGCAUAAACUACUACAAGAGGGCAAGGUAACAAAGAGGAAGUGCCUUUGCUGCACACUCUGAAACAAAAUGUAAAGUCCCUUUCACUGCACAGUUCCUGGUAAGAGUAAGGAGUAAGAUCUGUGUAGACAUCUAAUGUUUCCUUUUUUCCAAACCUCUCUCUACCCAUUACUCCAAGGAAAGAAAAUUGCUGACAGUUCUGGGUUUUUUCACAUCUCUUCUGUUUAGAAGUGUUCCCUCUCGCUGACAAAUUUACUGCCUUUUACUGUCACCUUUAAACUCCUUCCCAGUCAUGCUUGCUACAUUGACCAAGGUGAAGCCUUUCACUUUCCUAAAAUGUAAUCAUUGUUGUGGAAGGGUUAUGGCCACUCCAUUCCUGUCAUCUUUUAUAUUUGCAGUAGGCUUUUAUCUGCUCACGGUACUCAGUGACUGAAAGUGCAAGUUUGGUUUCUGCCGUCUGCGGCAUUAUUUUAUAACUUGUUUGUAUCUGUUCCAAAAUCCCAGCAUUGCCUGGCAGAGGGAGUCUGAAAAUUAGGCAGCUGCACUUCAUUCCAUUCAGCAUGGUUACUUUCUAUUGCUUGGUUCAAAUUUUCCCAAGAGAUAUCAAUAAUGAAAUUAAUGCCUGGCAAAAGCUAGCAUCUAUUUUUCUUAGGGCCACAAGAUGUCAGAUUGAGCUCUCAGCCAUCAACUUCCCUUGUGCUUUUGUAGCAGCUAUACAAGACUGCUGGAAAUUUCCAAAGUAGGACACCAAAAAAUUAUAUUAUAAAAUCUUCUAGUGAUUUUAGUCUCUUGGAGUGUUAAAGGUCCACAAGCUCAACAAGGCCAAAAAGUCAGCACUCCUACGGGUUUCUGUUAUGAACACAUCCAAGAAAACUCUCAACACUGGUUAUUAAAUAAUUUUAUUUUCAUUGGAUCAGCAUCUCUGAGGGGGAAAAGUGCUUCUGUAUGUGGAACACCUGAGACACUACACUCACCCUAUUGUAACUCCUGCACUGUAUCUGAUCUUUUGAAGCUCCAGCUGCUUAAGAGAAGGGAUCAGAGUCACUUGAAUAAAGAAGGCUAAGGCAUCACUUGGUUGCUAUUAACUCUGAAGCACAGAGAACUGCCUUUCCACAGAUCUGCUUUGCAUGGUCAGUCUCAGUCACACAUGAGCAAAGGGGAACUUUCCUCUGCUCUCCAGUGGAUCAAGACUCAUCAGUGGGCUGGCUGGGCAGGUAUCACAUAAAUUAUCUUCAGUCCUAAUGAGCUGACUCACACAUUGAGCAGCCAGAGUCCAGGGAGUUCCUCUGACACAACAGCAUGAUUUGGCACAAUGUUCCUGAGAGGCUUCAGCUCCCCAGCAAUUCUGCUACCCUGUUUGACUAGUGCUAAUUAAGAGAAGCCUGAUGGAAAUUACCUGUACUGACUUAAUCCUACAUGUGGAUGCCAAUCUUAACUAAGAGUGCUUAAUUUCAUGGAGAUUAAAUAGAUUUCCCCCCCAUCAUGGAGUGCUUGGGCUGUGCUCAGUCUGAUGCUUCUUACUGACAUAUAUAAAUAGAGAUAUAGAGAUAAAUAGAUAUUUUUAUGGAGAUGUUUUAUAAGUGGCCUUUACUUUGUGCAUGGUAACUAUUGCCAAACUUGUUAUUUAAGAGCUACAGAAAUGGCUGGUUCUGCAGUUUAGAAAGCAAUCAGCUGUCUCUGUUGCAAGGGACACUUUGGGUACGGGCUUGGAUUUUGGUUUUUAUUAUUCAACUAUAAUUUGCAUGGUUUGGAUUUGGGUUUUGUCUCAGUGUUGGGUUUUUUUCUUUCCUCACUGGUUCUCUGGCAGGGAUAUAUUGGGCUCAAGCAGGAACCUCUUUCUCAGUCUUUGAGAGAAGGUUUGAAGCCAUUGGUGCCAUACAACACUUCAGAAACACCUGCCUUGCACAGCCUCUGAUGUUGCUCAGUGUGAGGUCCUCAAAACACAGUUUCUUUAGCAGUCUGUUGGGGGUUUCACAGCAUAGUGAGGUACUCUGCUGGCUUUGCUUGACAAGAUAGCAAACUAGCAACUGCUAGUUGCUGUUUUAUGGGUAUUGCCUUGUGAGCAGAAAAAGGGAUCAGCAGAGACUAGGACAAGAAUGAUGGUUCAGAAUUAGAUUCAUGUACACAGCAGUAGCAAAAGAUUGUGAAAAUUGUUACAGAAGCAGGUCAUUUUUCUUGCUUUCUUCUUUUACUUCCUUUUUUUCUUUUUUUUUUAAGUACUGUUUUUAUGCCACAUCUGAGUAAUUAAUCUCUACCAGCCAGCCAGCUCUCAAUAACCUGGGUUGUUGCUUAGGGAUGGAAAUGCAGUUGUCCUUUCUUACUGAUCUAGUUCCUGCUGCUGUGGAGCAGUCUGUACCCAGGAAAAGACCAGGGCCAUUAGCUAUUGGGAAAGCAAAAGCAGCCUCUCACCCCUUCCCUCCAAUCCAGGUGGAAAGCCAAUCCCAGGGUUAUGUGCCUACAAAGCUGGCCCAAUUUCCUGUCAGGUGAACCAAGACCUUCUCUGUUUGCAGUUACUCUAGCCCACAGGUUUCUUUCUUGAGCACAAUUUUCCCAUGGGACGCAUAACCAGGAGAUGAUGGUUACCCUAACUAAACAAAAAUGUGUAUAUUAAAAAACAUCCUAAUCUGAAAGUAUAGUGUAUCUGAGAUUCCUCUGUUAUAGACACUUAGUCUAAAAGAUUUAUGGCUACAUUUGCUAUGUUAUGCUUGAAUAAACAUAUAAUUCAUUGAAAUACACAAGACUGAUAAAAGUAAUAUGAUCUCUUUAAGGAGAAUAAACUGUUUGUAAAUUUAUAAAGAGUAUAAUCUGUUAGGCCUUAUUUGAAGUAUGUACUGUGGUUUGGUAAAAGUACAACAUUAAAAGAGCCUUGCCAGAUGA